AUGGCACUGGCCAAGGACCCUAUGCCUAAUGAUCCAACUUUGGGUUCAGUUCAAGCCACUGCAUAUUAUGGAAAUAAUUUUGGAGGAUCAUCAUUUCAUGCUUCCAUGGAUCCUUCUGCCGAGCUAUAUAGAAUGGAUGAGCCCCAGAAAAUGGAGUUCCAAGAGGGCGAAAAAGCAGCCGUUUUUGCACAGAAUUUCACUAUGAGCAAUUCUUCUUCAGUAUCCAGUCCUAGCAGCUCGAAUUCUAAUGGAUUAGGGUACCAGGUAACACCAUAUCUGUCUGAAGAAAGUCACACCGUAAUUAGCUUCAAACCUGAGUAUGGUAAUUUCAUGCAAACCGGUGGAUCAUUGCUUAUUUUUGGGCAAAGCAAAGGCUUGAAAAUGAGUAACCAACAAGAUGAUUAUUCAGUCUGGGAAGACCAUUUGCACGGUAAUAAUCAGUAUCAGCUGAAUCCCAAGUGCAGCACCACCACUCACAGUCUAUUGGAAACAUCCAACAGCCUAAAUGCCAGCGAUUACGGCUCUCCGGGAAGUGGAGGGAAAUUUUGGUGGCUAAAUUCUGAGGCCAAUACACAUACUAAUGGCAUUCAAGAGAAUACUAGACAAGAAACAGGCUCGAGUAAACGCCCAAUUACGGGAGAGAAUUCGCAGGCUCAUAAGAAGCAAUGCACUGAUGCUUCAAGUGUUGGUUCAAAGAAUAAACCCAAACCAAAGUCAACACCUGCGAAGGAUCCACAAAGUAUUGCAGCAAAGAAUCGAAGAGAGAGGAUCAGCGAGCGGCUUAAGAUACUCCAAGAUCUUGUCCCCAAUGGCUCCAAGGUCGAUUUGGUUACUAUGCUGGAAAAAGCAAUCAGCUAUGUCAAGUUUCUCCAAUUGCAAGUGAAGGUAUUGGCAACUGAUGAAUUUUGGCCUGCGCAAGGUGGAAAAGCUCCUGAGCUCUCUCAGGUUAAAGAAGCCAUUGAUGCCAUACUCGCGUCUCAAAUAGACAGGAAUUCAAGCUCAAAAUGA